CAGUCAGUCAUGGACCGAAUUUCGAGUUGAACGCAUUGUGGGAUAAAUCUAUAUACAAGUGGAAGGAUAAUUUCAGUUUUGUGAAAAAAUAAGGAAUAGUUGUGAGGAUAACGUGAUCUGUGUGAUAGUUUGAAAAUUUGAAUUGGGCUUGAAAUUUGCCCAAUAGUGGAAGAUUGGAAUUUAGUCAAGUUACAACGGUGUAAUGUCUGUUUCAUAUAGUGUAGUGCGAGGGAGUUCCUGCUCACGCGUGUGCCAUACAAUGGAUUCAUUCUAUGAGCCUUCGUCAACUUAUUAUACGCAUAUGUACCCAGCAGACUCACAACAUUCAGAAGGUAACAAUGUUUCAAAUGAUGACUGGAGUUCUCUAUGCAGCCCUGAAUCCACAGGUCGGGAAUGCUCACCAACUAAUCUUCCCUAUGUUUCAUCAACACCGAAUUUCCACCAAUAUGCACCUGUUUAUUAUCCGCCACCAAGUGAUAAAGAUGAUCAAAAUUUUGAUGUUGUUUAUCAGACACCAACCACUAAUUCGACAUCUCAUCCUCCUACAGUAGUUAGAAUUGUUAAACGACGGAAUACAGCAAAUAAAAAAGAACGACGGCGAACGCAAAGUAUAAAUACGGCGUUUUCUAGUCUGCGUAAUAAAAUACCCAACGUUCCAGCUGAUACCAAAUUAUCAAAGAUAAAAACUUUAAGAUUAGCCACAUCAUACAUUUCAUACUUAACAAGAGUUUUAGAAGGAGAUCAGGACCCUUCAAGUGGAUUUCGUGCAGAACUUGUGCCGUCAUCACGUAAAAUCAAUGCUGAGCGACGGGCAAAUUACAAAAAUGAAAUUCAGGCUUUAGUGAAUGGCAUUCAGACGGUUGAUACGAGGAAGUGCAAGGGACGAACGGGUUGGCCGCAACAUGUCUGGGCGUCUGAGUUGAAACAGGAGUGAAGCUAGAAAUAAGAUAUUAUUAUGCAAUUCAUCUUUUAUCUGUACUAUUUCAAAUAGGAAAUU